AUGGACCCCGGUGGCAAGCGUCGCUGCGAUGCAUCUUUAAGGGGCCUGGUAGCCGGAAACGCCGACCGAACAGUACGUAGGAUUCGUCUAGUUGAGCUCGUCGCACAUAGUCCGGCGUGUGGAGCGAAGGAGGCGAAGUCCUCACUCCCUAGCAAGCCGUUCCGGCGCCUUUAUGUCCUUUUCCGCAGAGGCCACGAAGCCUGCACGCUCUAUCACGUAACAGGGGAACAUGAGCAGCGCGCAUCAGUCAUGUACUGA